AUGACAAUGGUUUGCGCUCAGGUUCAGGGCAAUCACGUGGCCGUCACUAUCGGCGCAACUCAGGGCCACUUCGAGCUCAAUGUGUUUAAACCGUUGAUCGCAUCCAAUGUGUUGCGAUCCAUCCGAUUGUUGGCCGACGCGUCCGUCUCCUUCACCGACAACUGCGUGACCGGAAUAGUAGCCAAUGAGAGACGUAUAAAGCAAUUAAUGGAGGAGUCGCUGAUGUUAGUGACGGCUCUGAACCCACACAUUGGUUACGAUAAAUCGGCCAAAAUUGCCAAAAAAGCCCAUAAAGAUGGUCUCACUCUCAAGGAGUCUGCCGUUCAGUUGGGAUUCCUUACGUCCGAACAGUUUGACCAAUGGGUUCGACCCGAGAAUAUGAUCGGACCCAAGAAAUAG